AGUAUAAUUUUAACUGUAGUUAUAACUCCUAGGUGAAGCUGAAGGUUUAUUAGUAUUCAGCAAGCUAGAUCUUGAUGAUUUGGAGGAGGGGGUGUAUGAGCAAAUAUACUAAAUAUAAUAAUGUGUUAGUAAUAGAAGGAAAUGACAUUUUAUCUCAUAAAACCUUUGUUUUUCUCCUGCUGCAGUAAGCCUCCAGUACUUUCAUAAUGUCACAUUUAUUUCAUAAUGACACUUUUAUGUCAUAAAGGCACUUUUCAUAAUGUCACAUUUCAUAUAAUGAUGUUCAUUUAAUGUCACAUUUCAUACUGGCAUUUAUUUCAUAAUGAUGUAUUUAAUAAUGUCACAUUUAUUUCAUAAUGACAUUUAUUUCAUAAUGACGUAUUUAAUAAUGUCACAUUUCAUAUAAUGAUAUUCAUUUAAUAAUGUCACAUUUCAUAAUGACAUUUAUUUCAUAAUGACGUAUUUAAUACAGUCACAUUUCAUAUAAUGAUAUUCAUUUAAUAAUGUCACAUUUCAUAAUGACAUUUAUUUCAUGUCACAUUUCACAUUAUUUAUUUCAUAAUGUCACAUUUCAUGAUAUUUAUUUCAUAAAGACAUUUAUUUCAUGUCACAUUUCAUAAUGAUGUAUUUCAUAAUGUCACCUUUCAUAAUGACGUAUUUCCAAUGUCACAUUUAUUUCAUAAUGUCAGCCGAACGGUGCGUAUAUACAGUGGUUUACGGUAACCAACCAACACUCAUCUCUCUUAGUUAAAAGGUACAGUAGACACUGUGGAAGUUGACAUGCACACGUUCCUAUUAAUAACUACAAAUAACAUCUUUUCCUCCUUCUGGAAAAACUGUCUCGUUCUUAUUAUCCUCUAAUUUACAGUAAUGUAUAGAAUGCAUCAAAGGUAAUGUAUUAGGUAGCUCUUCUCUGUUGAUCUUUAAUCUGAAAUUCAAAACACAAUGAAAGAAGGAAAUGCUCUGAUGUAAUUCGGCAGAAACUGCAAUAUGUUUGCGCAUGCGAGCGUGCGUGCGUGCGUGCGUUCUCGGGGGGGCCCGUGUGCGUAUAUACGAGGUUUUACGGUAACAAAGGGUCGGGGAGAAAAACUCCCCUCCACUGGUUCAGUUAAAAUGUAGCCACUACGGAAGUUCACGUGCACACUUUCUUAUUAAUGACACCUCCAGCACUCCUGCUGUUCAGAGAGUCAUGGCGUCUCUGGACUAUGAUGAAGUGACCGCGUUUCUGGGGGAAUGGGGGCCGUUUCAGCUCAGCAUCUUCCUCCUGCUCAGCCUCAGCAUUGUGCCGAACGGAUACGCGGGCAUGGCCAUGGUCUUCCUCGCUGACACGCCGGACUUCCACUGCAGGGCGCCGCAAGCGAACACCAGCGACUGCGCGCAGCCUGUGAACGGCAGCAGCGAGCCGUGUGUGAGCGGGUGGGAGUACAGCACCGAGCGCUAUCACAACACUAUAGUCACUGAGUGGGACCUGGUUUGCGGAGAUGCCUGGAAGGUUCCCUUUACGCUGUCCAUCUUCUUCGUGGGAGUCCUGAGUGGGUCAUUCAUAUCCGGAGAAUUGUCUGACAGGUUUGGACGUAAGACAAUCCUGUUUGCAACCAUGGCCACUCAGCUGGUGUGCAGUCUGCUCCAGGUCGCCUCAGUGAACUGGGAGAUGUUUAUCAUUUUCUUCUGUCUUACUGGCUUUGGCCAGAACUCCAACUACAUGGCAGCCUUUGUGUUAGGCUCGGAGCUGCUGGGGAAGAAUUUGCGUCUGGCUUUCUCUGUGCUGGGUGUGUGCGUGUUUUACGCAGUGGGUUACGCUCUCCUUCCCUUAUUUGCCUAUUAUUUGAGGAGUUGGAGGAUCCUGCUCACAGCACUGUCACUGCCUGCACUACUCUAUAUCCCCCUCUGGUGGUUUAUUCCAGAGUCUCCGCGCUGGCUGCUGUCUAAAGGCCGUGUCCAGGAAGCAGAGGAUAUCAUCAGAGCAGCAGCGAGGAAAAAUGGUAUCACUCCACCGGAGGUUAUAUUCAAGGAUUCAGAACUGAUUAAAUCUGAGUCUGAAAGUGGGGUCUCUUACACAUACAUGGACCUGAUCAGGACUCAGAAGAUGAGGAGUUUGACUCUGCUGAACAGUGUUGUAUGGUUCACCACCACCAUCAGCUACUUUGGCCUGUGUCUGAGCACUCCGAACAUGAACGGAGACCCGUAUCUGAACUGCCUGUUCUCAGCUCUGACCGAGGUGGCGGCGUACGUGCUGACGUGGCUCCUGAUCAAGGUGGUGCCGAGGCGAGCGCUCAUUACAGGUCCACUGCUGAGCGGUGGCCUCGUCCUGCUGCUUAUCCCCGCCGUCCCUCCAGAUUACGGCAGCGUGACGGUGGCGCUGGCCAUGGUGGGGAAGCUCGGCGUCACGGCAGCUUUCGCCGUCCUCUACAUCUCGACGGCGGAGCAGUUCCCCACGGUGGUGCGCGGGAUGGGGAUGGGAAUCUGCAGCAUGUGCUCGAAGAUCGGCAGCACUAUCUCUCCGUUUUUCCCUUACUUCGGUCAUUACGAUCAGGUUCUGCCUUACGUUCUGAUGGGAGUGCUGACGGUGAUCGCCGGGCUGCUGAGUAUUCUGAUGCCAGAGACACGAGGCAUUCCCCUCCCCGAGGCCCUCUCGCAAGUACAGAAUCUAAACUGGUAUGUCUCUGUUCGUUACACUGCUGUGCAUCACAGUCACACAGUCAGCCUUAGGUGUAUCUUCUUCAGUUGUAAUUAUUACCUGUAGAAGACAAGAAAACUGUCCUGUACCAGACUUUCAUUCAUAUCAAACCUCCAAUUAAACUCCAGUUAAACUUCACACAAAAAUAUCAAAGGAAAGAAAUGUCAGGCAAACGACAUCAGGAUAGCUGAUUCCCACUAGGUCCCUUCAUGUUUACACGUAUAUAUAGAUGAGCAUUUUUGUGUGAAGAAUCCCUUCGCUUACAAUCUAAACACAGAUUCUGGCUUAGUUCUAGGUAUGUUAGUAUAUUAGGCAAGGAAUAACACACAAUAAAGGCGUGCUGUUAUAGGAAAACGUGAUAUAAUUGUUAGGCAUGAGACAAAAUAUUGUUGCUUUGAAUAGCACAAUACAAAAUGCACACAUUUCCGUUUAUAAUUCAUUAUCAGCAAAUCAGUAGGACGCGUUGUGGCACAUGUCUCAAACAUGUUUCAUUUGGCCUGCAUGAACUUGGAAAAAAAAUAAUACUGAAAAGCCUUUAAAAACACUACUGCUCAACGUUUUCACACUUUACAGAACUCACAGCAGAUCUGUAGCAUAGUGCUCAGUAUAUCGUUGUCCGGAGCGCACAAACACAUCUCAGUGUUUAAACCGACGAACAGCAGCCUUUUUCCUUUUCGAUGGACAGUUACGUGCUCGCAGGUUUCUACCGCAGCUGGCUUGACUGUGCUCUGAAAUGCAGGUUAACGUCUGUGUGCUGCACUUGAUGUUAGUCGAACUCACUGUGUAUUGUGCUGUCAGGGGGAUUGAAAUUUAUUUGAGUGAGAUGAUUAAAGAUACAAAAUAAAAUCAUUGUCGUUUUCCCGAUCUGUACGGUUAAAUUGGUAAGUGUGACGCCCUUGUGCAACGAAUUUGUUAUUUAGCCUAAUCAUUGAAGGCACCAUCUAGCGUCAAACAAUCUUUAAUAUUUAUGCAUCUUUCCAUAUUAAUACCGUUGCCAUGAAAUACAUUUAUGACCAUUCAACUGAAAAUGAUUACAAUAACAUGUUAAAAUAUCUUGUGCUUAUAGUGUAGCUAUCUGGGGGUGGGUUUCCUGAUAAUGAUGAAUCUUAAUGAAUAACAGACAAUUUAACUCUUUUUACCAAAGUCCAAAAAAUUUAAUUUCCACCUGUUUUGGGCAUGCCUGUGUUCAGUAUUGAAUUUAUUUGUGAUGUCACACUCCACAGUAGUGGUUAAUGGCUCAUACAGUAUGAAAGUAGGCAAUCAGAGCUUUAAGAAUUUGCAGUUUUUAAUAAGUAUUUCCUUUUUUUUUUUUUUUUUUUUACAUAGCCUGUUAGGUUUAAAUGUUAUCAUUUUAUUGUGGCAGUUGUACAUGAUGUUUUACUAUUAAAAAACUUUGUACUGUCCUUUUUAUCUCUGUACCAAUGUUACUGUGGAGAGGUGUAUAUUGUUUGCCCAUCAGGCAGCUCAUGCCCCACCCCUUUCCCAUCACCCUGCUCACCAGCAGCUAAACACAGAGUCACAAUACUUUACACACAGAAACUAAAAUAAUUCAUUUGUUUAUACCGAUUGAAAAUGUUUGAUAAGUUGAUUUCCAUUCUGCCGGGGGGGAAUGGAAUGUCGCCAGUGUAACUUUGAACAGUGGAAAGAGUGGUACUGCAAGUGUACAACUGCCACAAUCAAAUUAUAUCAUUUUUAAACUUUAGGUAAAAAAAAAAAAAGAAAUACUU